UCUGUCAUGUGAUCAGCUGUGUCCAAUCGCAGCUGAUCACAUGUAAAUAAGGAAAUGCCGGUUAUCUGCAUUUCUCUCGCUGACAGCUUGGCACUGAUGAUCAGUGUAGCCCCAGCAGUACCACCUGUCACUGCCCAUCAACGCCACCUGCCAGUGACCAUCAGUGCCACAUCAACGCCACAUAGUGCCUAUCAGUGCACAUCAAUGCUACAUAUCAGUGCCCAUCUGAGCUGCCUUUCAGUGACACCUAUCAGUGUCUGUCAGUGCCACCUAUCAGUGCUGCCAAUCAGUGCCGCCUACCAGUGCCUGUCAGUGCCACCUAUC